UCGAUACCAGAAGCAGCCACGUGUGCACCAGAAUUCUCACACGUGUCCUCCCUUCCCUCUCCUUUUCCUCUUCUACAUUUCUCCACUAGCAAGUACUGCAUUUUCAUUAUCACACUCAGAAAAAAAUUCAUCCAUUUCGGUUUCAAUACAACAGAAAAACAAGAAAGCAAGAAGAAAAUAUGAGUGGGAGCAGUAAUUUGGAAACAAGAUCAAUCAUUGAUGAGCUUAGGAACUUUGACAAAAAUGGGCUCUUUGAUUUAGGCCACCCUCUUCUCAAUCGCAUUGCUGAAAGCUUUGUUAAAGCUGCUGGGAUUGGUGCUACUCAAGCUGUGGCUCGGGAGGCGUAUUUUACCGCUGUUGAAGGUGCAGGGGUGGACACUUCUAGUGGUAUUCCACCGGAAAUUUCUGCUGGUAAAAAGCACCAUUUUCCUAACCUCAGAGGGGAAACCAAUGCCAAGACCGUGGAGGCCUUGGUGAAGAAUACAGGGAAAGAAUCUCUUCAAUGGGGAUUGGCUGCUGGGAUGUACUCAGGUCUAACCUAUGGGCUAAAGGAAGCUCGUGGAGUUCAUGAUUGGAAAAAUAGUGCCUUGGCUGGAGCAGUCACUGGGGCAGCAUUGGCAUUAACUUCGGAUGAUCAUUCGCACGAACAGAUAGUUCAGUGCGCCAUAACCGGUGCAGCCAUAUCAACUGCCGCGAAUCUCCUGACUGGAAUUUUCUAAAUAAUUUGAACAUAUGCUGUUCUACCCAGUAGUGAUGUUUGGAGUUUAGUUUUUGGAGUUCAGGUUUUGCUAAUAUUAUUGUCUUUUAGAUAAAGGUGACCUGGUUUUUGGUUAUGAACUCCAGUUUCCCGGACAAAUCAGGGAUAUGAUUUGGCUUAUGUUUUAUGGAUUUUCUUUUUUUUUUUCUCGUUUGUUUGGUGUCAUCAAGGCAUUACUUCCAAGUAUCCUGGUUCAACAUUUGCAUUCAAAUUAAGGUACAACUGUAGUGAAAUGCGGAUGGCAAGGCUUCAAUUUCAGACGUUGCUGGUUCUGUUGCAGCUAAACCUGCAGAUUAACGAGAAAUACGCGAUAUGAUGCUUUCUUUGCAAAAUUUAACCAUCUUGUUCCUCUUUAAGGAAUUUUUUUGUUAUUGAUGAUUUGCUGGCUGCAACAUCAAUCAGACCAUUCAUUUUUUUGAACGAGUAUAUAUGUGAC